UCGCGCUCUGCAGAAAAAAAAAAUGUUUCCUCAACAAUGGACGUCUCCAUGCGGAAACCAAUGCACGGCCAAAUACGCAGCUCUCAUGCAGAUCCCAUGGAGAGUAUUCUGCAAAAAAGGUUGUGACUCUGAUGGAGAGACAUGGGAAGAAUGUUUAGAGGAGUGCAAUGAGAUCUGCUAUAAGGAUCCUGUUUUCAAGGACCAGCAGUGGAGUGCUUACAUUGAUCGUUCACCAGGAGCUGAACAAUACUCAACGGAAUGUUUCCACGCUUGUGUAUCUGGCUGUGCUUACAAGUUUGGUAUUCCAUCAGAGGAAGUUGAUCAAGUUCAGCCUAACAGGCCAUCAUCCAAGCCUUGUAUCGUGAAAAAAUCUCCCCCAUCUUACACUAAAACCUUCAUCACAAUUGAAGACAUUCCCUCCACAUCUGCAUAGAGAGAGAGAGAGAGGAUAUAUUCUACAAUACAUACGUCUGCCUAGAUACAAGGAUACAUUAUUUAUCCUGUUGACUCAGUCACUUAGUCUACUAGCCCCUUCCUGGAGAAAAAGGGUUAUAUGGUUUUCUGUCUCAACUACCACUCCAGAUUAUUUGAGUUUCUGGUGACCCAAAAAUGGGUUUGGUGGGAUUUUUGGUGAGACAUAAGAUAAAUCGACUGUAAUUUUAGAGCCCUCUUCAUUGGCUAAUGAUGCACAAGUCAUUGACAAUGGAAACAAUAGUGACUGUGUCAUGUUCUGAUAAACUUUGACACUGUAUCUUCUGUAAUUUUGUCAUUGAUGCAUACAAUCAGGAUUAACAGUUUACUUUUGGGAUGUGA